AUGUCUCGCCAGCGUCGUCCAGCAACUGCGGUCGAUCCGGUCCUUGAAGUUCCUCCCAAAAUGAUUAACAAGCUUCUUCACUGGGACGAGUUACCUCAUUGGCAGCGUGAUAAUCACCACAUCCAUACUGGAUAUCGACCAGCCUCGUCUUCAUUCCGGGUCUCGUUCCAAUCGCUGAGUUACUUUCACAACGAGACAAUCAAUAUCUACAGUCACCUUCUACCGUCCCUUUUGGCUGUUCCUGCAGCUUAUCAGCUCUAUAAUGCCUUGGAACCUCGUUAUCAAACUGCAGCAGACUCUGACAUCGUUGCGUUUGCCUGCUUCUUCGCCGGUGCUGCUUUCUGUAUGGGAAUGUCCGCGACAUACCAUGCCAUCUCCAAUCAUUCACCCAUGGUGGCCCGGAUUGGCAAUGCGCUUGACUACAUCGGCAUAGUCGGGCUCAUCGUGGGCAGCUUUGUACCCAGUGUCUUCUAUGGGUUCUACUGUGUACCCGAGCUCCAACAUCGAUACUGGACCAUGAUCUGCAGCAUUGGGCUGGGCUGCGUGUGUGUCUCAAUCCUCCCACGGUUCCGGACACCCCGUUGGCGACCAUUCCGAGCCGCCAUGUUUGUCGGGAUGGGCCUGUCGGCCGUCUUCCCCGUACUCCAUGGCUUGGCUAUAUUUGGUUUCGACCGUAUGCGACAACAGAUUGGUCUCAGCUGGCUUCUGCUCCAGGGGUUUUUAUAUAUUCUCGGAGCCGCCAUAUAUGCGGCAAGGGUACCCGAGAGACUGUGGCCCGGCAAGUUUGACCUUGUUGGCAGCUCCCAUCAAAUUUUCCACGUGCUGGUUGUGUGCGCGGCGGUGGCUCAUCUGACUGGGCUCUUGAAGGCGUUCGAUUACCGGCAUAGCGGGACUGCCGAGAUUUGUCAGAUUCCACGCGGCUGA